CUAAUAUUUUAAAAUUAUGGGAGCCCAGGCAUCCAAAGAAGUAGGCAGACGCUUGCCUAAGAAUGCUAGAGCAGAAACAUUAACUAGUGUACCACGUGAAUCACCUUCAACACUUGCAUCAGCCAGGGAUCCACUUGCUACCACAGAUCUAAAAGAGGAUUUCUUUGAAGAAGAAGUACGCGAUCCUUUACUCCAUAAGAAUUUAACAAAGUUGGGUCCUGUGAAGAUUGAACCAACUCUUACCAAGAUGCGCCCUUCUGAUGCGAUGCUUGGUAUCCUUCACCAGCGUCAACUUAUUGAAGAGGCAGAAGAAAGAGUUGCCGAUCCGUCUCAAUUGCCUGAUCGAAUUCAUAUUGAUGAUCUUUACUCUAUUAUGGAAGCACGAAAAAGAUCAGCGCCUGGCGAGUUUGACAAGCCAGAAACACUUAAGGCCCUUUCUGCCAAAUACAAUUUGGGAGAGGGUACACUAAAAACAUUAUUGAACCAUUACAACAAUAUCGCAGUUAUGCCUCCUGCCUUGGAUGACAAGAAUGGCCGUCGUUUAGCGGUGUGGGUGAACAACAAGCAAGAAUGGAAGGAUGCUGUUGAGAAGAGUGAACUCAGAAAUGAGAUAUACAGCAAGGCCAAAUUAGCGGCUAUGAAGGAUAAUGCACCAUCACCAGAGCUUAUGCAGGCACUCAAGAAACAACAACCAAAACAACAAACUCGAGUAGAAACGCCUGAAGAAAUCAGAGAAAAGAAACUUCGAGAACUAUUUGAUGAUUAGUUUAAUCAAUAUAGAAAGUCUAAUAUAUAUAUAUAUAAUGUAAAAUAACACGAUGAUCAAGAUACUCUUAGUAAAAGAUACUUCUUGAAUCGACAUGCGGCCACCAAUCCCAAUCCCAAGUCCUUUUACGGAUAAUUGAUCCUUUUAUAUAUUUAUAACUCUAUUUUUAUCUGUGUGCCUUUUUGUCAACAUUGAUUUUCUAUUAUAUAAUCAUAUUAUGAUCGAUC